ACACUUUCUCAUGCGAACGCAUUUUAAAACAGACACGCAUAUCUAUCAAUUUGAAUCGGAACGGUAAAUGAUGACACUUUCGACGGAUCGCAACGUUUUUUCAACCCUUCUACGGCCACCGAGUUAGCUGUCGGCUUAGGGGUUAAGUAGCAAGUACUCGAUUCUGCCACAGACUCAGUCGAAAUCGACGAAAACAUGGCGGUCGAGAGACCCUCUGUCGCACUCUUCUCCAGAGUCCCAAUGUUAUUCUCUACCCUCAAAGAUCGCUUCCCAAAACUCGUUUUACAACAAAUAAAACAAGAUGAGAAAAAUAUUCCUGAGAAGCUCAAUUCUGCAGACGUAGUUAUAGCAGAUUUUGAUGCUGUAGCACCUUAUUUAUUUGAUUUGACUAAUGUUAAAUGGCUACAGGGAACUUGGGCAGGCAUUGAACCAGUCAUCAAAGCGUAUAAUAAAAGAAAGGAGACCCUGUCGUAUCCCAUUGUGAGAUUUUCUGGACAACAUUUUGGUCAUUUGAUGAGUGAAUACGUCGUAUCGCAAAUUGUAGCAUUUGAAAGGGAUUUCAAAAAUGUUUGGCAAGCCCAAAAAUUGCAGUGUUGGAGGCAAGAGGGCAAAGUGAGGAACUACAAUGCCAUAGGAGAUAUGAAAGUUACAAUACUCGGGGUUGGUAACAUUGGUGCUCAUGUUGCAAAGGUGCUAAAAUGCUUGGGCGCAGAAAUAUUUGGUUUGGUGAGUAAAACUCCUGUAAAAAAAUCAGAUGCAGUUGAUAAAUAUGUCCUGAUGAAUGAGUUAGAUGAUGUUCUAAGGAAGAGUGAUGUUAUAAUAAAUAUUCUCCCAAGUACGGACAAAACAUUGGGCUUGCUAAACGUAGAAAGAUUGUCAAAGUGUAAAGGUGCACUUUUUGUCAAUAUCGGCCGGGGUUCGAUUACAACUGAAAGCUGCUUGCUUGAAGCAUUAGAGAGUGGUUUUUUAAGAGGCGCCAUACUUGAUGUCUUUACUGAAGAGCCGCUUGCACCGGGCAGCCCUCUAUGGACCCACCCUCAGGUCGUUAUCACACCCCAUGUGGCAGGAGUAACAAGAGCGAAGGAUGUAGCAGAUCAGUUUGCAUUCAAUCUGAAAGAAUGGGAGGCUGGAAGAAAAUUGCCAAAUUGUGUAAACUUUGAAAAAGGCUACUGAUUUAAAAAAAAAUUAAAAAUAAGAAAUUGGUUUGAUAAAAAAUAAUAUUAGAAUUUUUUCACAAACCUAUUAAAUUAAAUAUUAAUUUAAGGCUUUAUGGGAUUCCAUUGAAAAAUUGUAAUGAGAAAUGAGUAAUAAUAUUAAUUUAAUAUAAAAAAUUAUACAAGUAUCUGUUUUAUUGUAAAAUAAAAAUCAAGGAAUCUUUUUGGCAACCUGCCUCAAAAGAAAACAAAUAACCCAUGAAAAGUGUUUUCACUUAAUUAUAUAAAA